AUGUCAGAAAACAAGCCGCAGGGCGAGAAGGCAGAGGAGAGUCAACCACCAACGGUAGACAGUAUCCUCGGUGGCUCCCACUUUCUUCUCCGUCUGCUCAGCAAACAGGGAAAGCGGGGAGCAUCUGUCAGCUCUGCCCAGCUGUCCGAGGUGGCCAAGAAGAAGAGCAAGAAAAUCCCCGAGCUUCCUCUCGGCCAACUGCGGGAUUUUGGCAGGGAUGUGAGCUCCAAGGACUGUUUCUGCCUCGACGAUGACAAUGAGACACCAGUCGACGACUCCAUGACGCUGUCCGACUACCUGUCUUACACCUCGCCGACCAAAGAGGGCACCGCCGCCACCAAGAUCCUCACCAUCUUCUUCACCCGGCCCUUGGUUCGUCCAAAGGGAUCCGACCGCAAGCAGCUCGGUGAAUCACAGCUGGCUCCGGUCGAAUUGCCGGAUGCCGAUCGGGCCCAGGUCGGGCGUGACGACGUUGCCAUAUCCGAGGCCCGCAAGGCCGCCGCCAGCCUCGCGGCCCGCGACUAUGCGGCCGCCUCGGCCAACGGCGACGCCUUGCACCCCGCCGACCUCACGCACAAGGAGUGGGACGUCGUCGUCAAGAACAACUACCUCGUCCACGGCUACGUCGUCGAUAUCAAAGCCAAAACCAUCACCGUGGCCAGGCGUCCAGCUUUCCGCAUCAAGAGAAGGCCGCUCGAGUCGUUCUUGACGUAUGACGCGAGCAUCGAGACCGACGAGACGCUCGCCAUCCCCGACUUCCGCAUCUUCGACGACUCGUCCGUCUCCGUCGUCGAGAUCACGAGCCAGGAAGAGCAGUCCCUGGUCGAAAACUCGUUCAGCGCCUGGGGUGCCAAGGCCUCUGCCGGAGGCGACGCUCUCUUCUUCUCGGCCGAAGGCGCUGCCGAGGCGGGGGGCAAUAGUUCCUCGGGCUCCGGAAAAGCGCAGAGCAAGUUCGAGAGCCGCAUGUGGGCGUCGUACAACUUCCCCCGCGUGCGCGUCUUCCUCGACGAGGAAUCGUUGGAGCCGACGAAAGAGUGCAAGACGUUGCUUGAGAAGAUCAAAGCAGCGAGCGAAGCGAAGAAGACGGAUGAGCAAAUCAAACUGACCGAGUCGUUCGGCCACAAAUUCGGCCAUGUCUUCGCGACCGAGGCUCAGCUGGGCGGCAUGCUCUACAGCACGCGGAUGAGCUCGUCCUUCGCCAGCGACAGCACGUCCAAGAAGAUGGACAGCAUGCGCGUCGCCGUCGCCGCCAGCUUCAGCACUUCGCGCUUCGCGGCCGCCGCCUCGGCGGAGGCCAAGUGGGGCAGCGACAGCGCCAGCACCUCGUCCGAGACGCGCAAGUCCGACAGCUUGGCUUGGGAGGCCAAGGGUGGCGACACGUUGCUGUGCUCCGACCCCCCUGCCUGGAUCAGCACGGUCAAGGACUACCAGAACUGGCGCGUCAUGGAGAGAGCUGUUCCGCAGAGGAUCAGCGACCUCAUUGGGAAGAUGGAAGGCUCGGAGAUGCUCGGGAAGUUUGCGCCGCACCCUGCUGGCGCGCGAUCUGGAGCCUCGUUCACUCCGCGCUGA